GCCGUCUCUCCGGCCCGCGCGGGCGGGCGCUAUGCGCAGGCUCGGGCCUUGCCUCGAGAUGGCGGCGGUGGCGGAUAAACAGAAGCACGAGCACGGGCGGGUGAAGAUCGGGCACUACAUCCUGGGGGACACGCUGGGCGUCGGCACCUUCGGGAAAGUCAAGGUUGGAAAACAUGAGUUAACUGGACAUAAAGUUGCAGUGAAGAUCCUGAACCGACAGAAGAUUCGUAGCCUUGAUGUUGUAGGAAAAAUCCGCAGGGAGAUUCAGAACCUCAAACUCUUCAGGCAUCCUCAUAUAAUAAAGCUGUACCAGGUCAUCAGCACACCCACUGACAUUUUCAUGGUGAUGGAAUAUGUUUCAGGAGGAGAACUGUUUGAUUAUAUUUGUAAAAAUGGAAGGCUCGAUGAGAAGGAAAGUAGACGUCUGUUCCAGCAAAUCCUUUCUGGUGUGGAUUACUGUCACAGGCAUAUGGUGGUACAUAGAGAUCUGAAGCCUGAAAAUGUGCUGCUUGAUGCACACAUGAAUGCCAAGAUAGCUGACUUUGGUCUAUCAAAUAUGAUGUCAGAUGGAGAAUUUUUAAGAACAAGCUGUGGUUCCCCUAACUAUGCUGCACCAGAAGUAAUUUCAGGAAGGUUAUAUGCAGGCCCAGAAGUAGAUAUUUGGAGCAGUGGGGUUAUUCUCUAUGCUUUAUUAUGUGGAACACUUCCAUUUGAUGAUGAUCACGUGCCAACCCUUUUUAAGAAGAUAUGUGAUGGUAUCUUUUAUACCCCUCAGUACCUGAAUCCGUCUGUAAUUAGUCUUUUGAAGCACAUGCUGCAAGUGGAUCCAAUGAAGAGAGCAACAGUCAGAGACAUUAGGGAACAUGAAUGGUUUAAGCAGGACCUUCCAAAGUACUUGUUUCCUGAAGACCCAUCAUAUAGCUCUACCAUGAUUGAUGAUGAAGCCUUAAAAGAAGUGUGUGAGAAGUUUGAGUGCACUGAAGAGGAAGUGCUAAGUUGUCUAUACAGCCGAAAUCAUCAGGACCCUUUAGCUGUUGCUUAUCACCUCAUUAUAGAUAACAGAAGAAUAAUGAAUGAGGCCAAAGACUUCUACUUGGCUACAAGUCCACCAGAUUCUUUUCUGGAUGAUCACCAUCUGUCUCGCCCUCACCCUGAAAGAGUGCCAUUUUUAGUAGCUGAAGCACCACGUCCUCGCCAUACUCUUGAUGAGCUGAAUCCACAGAAGUCAAAACACCAAGGGGUGAGAAGGGCUAAAUGGCACUUGGGGAUCCGGAGUCAGAGUCGACCAAAUGAUAUCAUGGCUGAAGUUUGUCGAGCAAUUAAACAACUGGAUUAUGAAUGGAAGGUUGUAAAUCCAUAUUAUCUACGUGUUCGAAGGAAGAAUCCAGUAACAAGUGCAUAUUCCAAAAUGAGUCUACAAUUGUAUCAGGUGGACAGCAGAACAUACUUACUGGAUUUCCGUAGUAUUGAUGAUGAAAUUACUGAAGCGAAGUCUGGGACUGCAACUCCACAGAGAUCAGGUUCUGUGAGCAACUACAGAUCUUGUCAAAAAGAUUCAGAUGCUGAUGUGCAAGGAAAAUCUGCAGAUACGUCCCUUACCUCAUCAGUGAACUCUUCGCUUGACUCUUCCACAGCUGACGUAACUCCAAGACCAGGGAGUCAUACAAUAGAAUUUUUUGAGAUGUGUGCAAAUCUAAUUAAAAUACUUGCACAAUAACUUUGAAGAUGGGCUUAUUUCUUUUAUAGCAAUAAGCAUGCCUAAAUCAUAGUCAGACGCUUCCAAUUAUAAUCAAGUUAAAUUAACUAAGGCGCUGAAAAAGCUAGCCACAGAAUGCAAUUUGCACGGGGAUUAAAAUUAAUAUGGGCAGUUAGCAUAUAUUAUUUUGAAGCUGUAGUGAAUUCUGAUUGCCUGUCGCCCAAUGGCAUAACACAGGUACAGGAAAUAAUAUGCCCUCUGGGUGGUGUUUAUAACAUUUACAUUGAGUGCACAUUAGGCUGCAUAUAACACUUAAGUUAGAUGGACCUCCUUGGUUUUUUCACUGGUAAUACAUGUAUCUGGUGCACUGUAGGUAAAUGUACACUUACUAGUUUAGUGACCCAAGUAUAACUUGUUGGUCACUCUCUACAAUUGUGACUCAGUUGGUCAGAACUAUCAAUAACAGUAAUGUGUUAAAACUGCUGUGUUUCUCCCCCCUUACUUGACAGUGAAUAAUAAAGAAUAGUUUGAUAUGUUGCAAUGUGCUAUUUCUAACAAUAAAUUCUAUUAAAUGCAUGCAAAUCCAGCCGUUGGAAAUGGGUGCAGGUGCUCUGUAAUGCACUGAGGGUGAAAAUCUGUUGGCAGUGGGUUGAACGAUUGAGUGCACAGCAGCGGUGAGAGACUUAGUGCUGAGAAGACUUGGCACCUGAUGGGCUAAAACAAAAUGUUGCAGUGCGGAGAAUUGUGAGCAAGUCUGUGUUUUGUGCAUAUACCUUAGUGUGGUAGUACCACAGCAGCUACUGUUGCAGGCUGAGAAUCCUUUUCCUUAGAGACAUUUAAGGGCACAGUUUAAGGGCUGUUUCAAGUUAUUCCAGAAUCUGAAAUUGACAGUUUUUUAACAUACAAGUUUAUACUUUGAUACAGCUGGUUAUCACGUGUUAUCUUAGGAUAUACUGUGUAGUAUUCGCUUUGCAGUUAAAACUACAUAUACAGGUUUUUAGUUUUUCCCAGGCCGCCUUAAUAGCAAACUUCGCUAUUUAAUGUCACUGAAUUGAAGUCUGACUUCUCAAGUGAACAUUGAAAACUGAUCACGACAACUUGAGUGCUAAUAUUGAGAAAGUCACAAUUACCCAUAACAAAAACCUUUCUGCAUUUACGGUUUUUGCAUUACGGUUCCAUUUUCAUCCAGCCCUUAUUAGACCUAACAGUCAUAAAAUAUUUGGGUUUGCAUUCAAGAAUUAAUGUUCCCUUUGAAAUUAACUUCAUGACCUACUUAGUUUCAAGGGAGAGGCUGGAAAUCCAGCAGUGAAACCUGGACUCUUCAAAUGGAUGGAAAUUCUUACCAAUGACUGAGAUUUUAAUUCAUGGGAGACUGAUAGCUACAGAUAUAGGAACAGUUUAAUCCUGGCCACCUGGCUUCAGUCCAAAAAUUAAUGUUUUGAAUAUGCACAGAAUCUGAAGAAACAUAAAGCUGCUUUAAGCCCACCUGCUCUACCUUUGUUUUGAAGUGGGCGAUUGUGAGGUCUGUCUAGUAGGGGGGUACAACUUCCAAGUUCAUUUCUUUAUCCUCAAGUGUCAUACCUCCUGAGGUUCAGAUGUCAACAUGAGGGACCAGUUGCAAAUCCUACAAUAAAAUCCUGUUUUUAGUCUUUGAAGAAUUGGUUCUGGUGUACUGGAUAAAUCUAUGUGUUCAUUUUUGUAAUCCUUUUAUUUCAAAAUUACUGAAUAUUGCACUUGUAUAAGCACUACACACGCACAGGUUUUUAAAUUGCAGUAAUUCCUCAUCUGGAAUUGGUUUGGUAUCACUUACAUAUGCUAAACUAUUUGUAAAUGCUUUCUGCUCCUUGUAAUACUGACAACAAAUGCAAGAUGUCAAGGUGCAAAUAGCUUUUAAUUUUUAUAUACCUUUUUGGCCCUCUUGUGCAUUAAGACAACCAUGUUUUUUCUUUAGUUUUGGUAUCUGGAAGCUAAAGCAAGUUUCUGGCAGAAGUGUACAAUAUGUGUAGUUUUAAAUAAAGUAAAUUUUUAUUGGUAUGGUA